AAAAUUUCCGAACUAAACGCAAAGCUAAGCGGAGGCAUCACUAAAAUUCUCUGUAAAUUUCCAUAACUUUCCAAACUUUCUUGUGCUCUGAAAGAAGCGCAAAGGGAAGGGACCAGUUUAUUGGCAAUAAACAGGGGGAUGCUUGUUGGAAUUUUGUAUUAAUUGAUGUGAUAUAAGCAGUGAAACCUUAGCUACGUGAAAAAUGUCAUCACCGGAUAGUACAGUCAUUUUUGCUAAACUAGAAGCACUCAAGGAUAUUAGGUCAAAGACAUUGCAACUAGAAAAAAUGAAGCAGAGAAUCAUUCAAGAGGUAGAACAGACAGAACAGGAGGAGAAGUGCUUGACAGAAUACAAGCAGGAAAUGGAACUUUUAAUGCAAGAAAAGAUGGCACAUGUUGAAGAACUCCGACAAAUUCAUGCCGACAUCAAUGCGAUGGAAACAGUUAUAAAGCAAGCUGAAGAUGCUCGCAACAGAGCUAGAGAAACAGCAAAAUUAAUCCAUAACAAUGACUAUCAACCACUAAAGCACGACAUCGAUAGAAUGCGUAGAGAAUACUUGGGACUUGAAAGACUACCAGAGCUCUAUGAAACGGAAUCAGAUCUUAUUUCACCUGAACGGUUUGCUCGUAGCUAUUUUGACCGCCCCCUGCAAAAAGCAGAAUGGCGAGUUGAGGUAAGGGGUGAUGAUUUAAUGCCUCCGUUGGGCUUACACCCCCAUCCCAGCCACCAAGGAGGUCCAACUCCGUUUUUAGCUCCACAACCACUACAGGGUCCUAGUAAACCAGAGCCUAGGCCUUUGCCUCCAGCUCCUGGGCCCCCAGCUCCAACAUUCAGGUACCACUGGCAACAACCUCCACCAAUGAAAUCGUGUCUAUCCUGUCAUCAACAAAUUCAUCGAAAUGCACCAAUUUGUCCUUUAUGUAAAGCUAAAUCACGUUCACGUAAUCCUAAGAAGCCUAAGAAAAAAGACUAACGUGUAGGCUUGAGUUUAUCAUUAGCUCUUGAACCUACAGCCUCCAAGCAUCAAUUCGAGAAAAUAUAAUUAUUUCAUAAUAGUUAUUUUCGUCGCAAGUGCGCAUAAAAUAGGGGUUUCUUGACGAGUGUAAAGUACGAAACUCACACGAAUUAAGAAGUCCUUAUAUGCGUACAUACUACAGAUUCUAUUUUCUGUGAUACCUACUGUCAAAAACUACUAAAUAAUCGAGUUGUUGACGACGGUAGUGCAGAAAAAGAUUUCUAAAAUAUUUUUUUUUUUUUUUAACUGAUCUAGUUCUGAACGUGUGUUUAAAAUUAACGAGCUUAUGAAUGUAACUACAGUAUUUUAAUUUACUAUGAACUUCAUUAUUUGGUCGAAUUCACAUUUAUACAAAAUACAAGGUGAGUCAUAUUCAAACUCUGGGAAUUUGAGAAGCUUAGUUGAUCAAUGGAUGCUGUACCAUAGCCGAUCAGAUUAGUAAACAGGCAGACGGCAUCAAAGAAACACUAAUAUUUAUAUCGGAGUGAAAUUUUGAUGGUCCAGUGUUGGCGUUGUAUGACAAUCAAAAAACGCAACGACAACUGCAAGUGUCCAGAUGCUGCUCAAACUGGCAAUAAAAGACGUCCUGUUGAGUAUAAAAAUUUAGUCGGAAGAUUUUGAGAAACCAGUUGGCAUCUAAAUAAAGUAAACUUUGACAACAGAUUCAAUAUCAUUCAGUAUUACUAGUCAGUAUCAUUACGUUAUUUUUCUAGAGCAGCUAACUGUUACAUACAUUUCUUGCAUCAAUGAAUAUGUGGACUAGCUCCUUGUUUAUGGCGAUAUCAAUAUUGACAUACGUUGCUUCAAUAUGGUUUGCCUAAACAUUCAAUUGAUCGACUGUGAAGUGACACCUAUUGAUCAAGUAAGUUCCUCCUGUUCACGGAGCUUGUACUCACUCACCCUGUAAUCACAGAAUAUAGACUGAAAGUCCAAAUCAGAAACCCAGUUAAAGUUAUUGCGUAAAUGCGUCAUUAUUGUGUAAAUAAAUUUUAUUUUAGAUAGCAAAAUGAAAUUGAGCAACUUUGAGUUAUAGAACAGUAAUUUGUUGAAUAGAUAACAGAUCCAGUGAUUCGCACUCUAGUUUACUCAAUCAUCCUCCAAUACACAGAGUUUGGUAAUUGUACCAUAUUAGUUCGAUUUGCCCUAUGCAGUUACUUGCAAUUGAUAAAGUUCGCACAGUGAAAAUUCGAGCUCCCUGUACUAAUCGGAGCAAAAAUACUGAAACCAACUAUUCAAACAGGUUCCGAUUUAUAAAAUAUCUAAUGACUGAAGAUUCCAAAAGCCUGAAAUGUGAGUAUAUUUGAGUGUAUAGUAAUAAUUAGCUCAAUCGUGGUUCAUCAUAAGUAGUACACAAGUUGUUACACUGUUGAAUUUAUGAAUUACCAUGUACAUUAUUGCAAUUUUAUAUCUACUUAAAGCAAUAUUAUAUGUAAUAUUGCAAUUACGAUCUUGAAACUAGUGUGAAUAAUCCUUUAUUAUUAGGUAUCUUAUUUAAGGAAAAUUUGUGUAUCAUGAACUUUAUUCAACCCCUGUUGAAAUUGCAUAGAUACUUUCGGAGUUUGUUGGUUACUGAAAGUCCAAAUUAUUUCAUUACAUAACUUGAAUCAAUUCAGUGAUAAUCGAAAAGUAAUUAAUUGCACGAAUAAGGUACUGGAAAAUAUUUAUUUUUGAGUAUGUUGAAUCCCUUCUCUGCCACAAUGUAUUCAAUGAUGACGUCGAUGAAGUUACUUAGUUCUAUGACUUAUACGACAGUCAGAAAAUUUUGUAAUCUAUUCUACGAGUUAUGAAAUUAUGAAAUAAUGUGUGUCAUUACGUUAAGAUAUACAGAAAAGACGGAAAAUCAAGCUAAUUUAUCAAUCACAAUAUAUAAUUAUAGGUUGAAAUUGUAAAACCGAAGGACAACGACGUUAACUCGUUGUUAUAUAAGUGUCAUAUUUUAUUCUGUCGCGAUUUUUACCUA